GAAACGCAUAGACACGACACGACACGACACGGCACGACACGCCGGAGAAGAGGAGAGAGGCGGAACGAUCGGAGGGGAGGUAGAUGAAGCCCAAGAACGGCGGCCUGGCCUCGGACAGGAGGCUGCUCUCGCGCCGGAUACUGAUCCUCUGCUUCCUCAGCUUCUUCCUCGGCAUACUCGUCACGGACCUGUUUGGAUCGGUGCCGAGCCCGGUCGUGGUGCAGACGGGGUGGCACGAGCACGAGCACGAGCACGACACGGAGCUGCAGAGCCUUUCCGAGGAUUUUGUUGCCAAGCCGAAACCGGCAGAAGACAGGGACAUUAUGGGAGAGGUGUCGAAGACUCACGAGGCCAUACAAUACUUGGAGAAGUCAAUUGACACACUGCAGAUGGAGCUGGCAGCGAAGCGCAGCAUCAACGAGCUUCACGGGGAAAGUACAGGUGGUGGCGUAAGUAAGCAGAGGAGAAGGGUGUUCGUGGUGAUCGGGGUCAACACCGCCUUCAGCAGCAGGAAGCGUCGGGAUUCCGUGAGGGAGACCUGGAUGCCUCAAGGUGAGAAGCUCAAGAAACUGGAGGAGAAGGGAAUCGUCGUCCGGUUUACGAUAGGGCAUAGCGCUACAUCGAACAACGUCCUUGACAAAGCUAUAGACGCGGAGGAUGAAAUUCAUGGCGACUUUCUUAGGCUGGACCAUGUCGAAGGGUACCACAAGCUGUCUGCGAAGACCAAGACAUUCUUCUCAACUGCCGUGGCCUUAUGGGACGCGGAUUUCUAUGUCAAGGUGGACGACGAUGUUCACCUGAACCUAGGGAUGCUCGUCGCCACCCUCGGCCGGCACAAGCUGAAGCCACGGGUGUACAUUGGCUGCAUGAAGUCGGGACCGGUCCUCUCCGACAAGAAUGCGAAAUACCAUGAGCCUGAGUUCUGGAAGUUCGGAGAGGACGGGAACAAGUACUUCCGCCACGCCACGGGGCAGAUAUACGCCAUCUCCAAGGACCUCGCGACCUACAUCUCCAUCAACCAGCCCAUACUGCAUAAAUACGCGAACGAAGACGUCUCGCUCGGCGCGUGGUUCAUCGGCCUAGACGUGGAGCACAUCGACGACAGGGACAUGUGCUGCGGCACGCCACCAGACUGCGAGUGGAAAGCGCAGGCGGGGAACGUCUGCAUCGCGUCGUUUGACUGGAGGUGCAGUGGGGUCUGCAAUCCGGUCGAGAGGAUCAAGUACGUGCAUUCGCGAUGCGGCGAAGGGCAGGAUGCGAUCUGGAGCGCCUCCUUCUGACAAGAUGGUGAUGGAAUCAUGGAAUGAUUAUAUAUAUACAGACGCACGCCUGCUUGUGUGCAGGCCCAGGCCAUAGCUGCAUUAGAAGGCUCGCGUUGUGUACACACAGUGAGUUCAGAGAAGGGGAGGCAUGCGUGUCUGAUACAGGAAGAAACCACUGGAGCACAAUCUCUUAUCUUUUUUGGGGGGGAGGGUUCAGAAAUAGGUGAUACAGCCAUACAGAGCUCAUGUGGGUGGGUAUACAUGUUUUUUUUCAGUCGUUAGUGCAGAAAACACGAAUACAUUCGAUUU